AUGCGGCAGCAAAACCACCACAAAUAUCACGAGUCCCUUACCGGCGGCGGCGGCAGGCACCAUUUUCGCAAGCGGCGGCGGCACAACGUGUUCAUAAGCUUUAGGGGUUCCGACGUGCGGAACACAUUCGCAGGUCAUCUGCGCGCCGCGCUCCGCAGAGAAGGCCUCAGGUCGUUCUCCGACCGCCGCGACCUGCCACGCGGCGAGGAUCUGAAGGAGGCGAUUCCACGCGCGAUCCAGCGGUCGAGGGUCUCGGUGGUGGUUCUGUCCCGGAACUACGCCUCGUCGGAAUGGUGCUUGGACGAGCUCGUCACCAUUAUGAGCUGUUGCAGCCGCGCCGGCCACGUGGCUAUCCCGAUCUUCUACCAUCUGUCUCCGAACGAUGUCGUCUCCGGCUGCUACAAGGAGGACCUGGAUCGGCACAAGCGUGAUUUUACUUACGAGAGAGUCGACGGCUGGAUUCGGGCGCUGGCUUGGGUCGCCGGUAUCGCCGGUUGGGUCGUUCCAGCAGCUGGCCGGUCUGAAGCGCGACUUGUGAAGAGAAUUGCUAAAACCAUCAGACAGAAGGAGCGAAAGCCCUGCUCCGGUACCGAGAGAGUUCCGCCGGCGGGCGUCAUAAGGAAGAACACGAAUCCGAGUAUUGUUCUAUAUGUUAAAGAGUUCCCUGACGGCCUUCACAAUAUGCUGCACCAGUUCCCUACCAGCAACGUUAGCCAUGGCCGCCGGCGCCACGACGUGUUCAUAAGCUUCAGGGGCUCCGACGUCCGGCACACGUUCGUGUCUCGCCUCCGCGCCGCCCUCCGCAGAGAAGGCGUCACGUCCUUCGCCGAUCACGACAUGCCACGUGGCCAGGAUUUGACGGAAGCGAUCCCACGUGCGAUCGAGCGGUCGAGGGUCUCGGUGGUCGUUCUGUCCCGGAACUACGCCUCGUCGGUAUGGUGCUUGGACGAGCUCGUCACCAUCAUGAGGUAUUGUAAUACUACUGACGUGGACAGCCGCCCUUGCCACGUGGCUAUCCCGAUCUUUUACCAUCUGUCACCGGAGGAUGUCUCCGGCUGCUACGAGGAGGACAUGGAUGGUCACAAGCGCAGGUUUACUUACGAGAGAGUCGACGGCUGGCUUCGGGCGCUUGCUUGGAUCGCUCGUAUCGCCGGCUGGGUCGUUCCGGCAGCUGCAAAGCCAAUCCUUUCAGUUCCACUUUCAUCGAUAAAAGCUAGAGAAAAGACUAGUAGGCGGCUUCGCCGGUCCACCUCUCCGUUUUCAUCUGAUUCAUCUCCGUCCCUCUCUCUCUCUCUGUUGGGUUGCCGAGAAAGUAAAGGGAAAGCAAGAAUGGGGAUCCGGUUCAUACUGAUGGUGAACAAGCAAGGCCAGACUCGUCUUGCCCAGUACUACGAAUGGCUCACCCUCGAAGAACGCCGUGCCAUCGAAGGCGAAAUCGUCCGCAAAUGCCUCGCCCGCAACGAGCAGCAGUGCUCGUUCGUUGAGCAUCGCAAUUACAAGAUCGUGUACAGGAGAUACGCAUCCCUGUUUUUCCUGGUUGGUGUUGACAAUGACGAGAAUGAGCUUGCGAUUCUGGAGUUCAUACAUCUGUUAGUAGAAACCAUGGACCGUCAUUUCGGCAAUGUGUGUGAGCUAGACAUAAUGUUCCAUCUAGAGAAAGCGCAUUUCAUGCUGGAGGAAAUGGUCAUGAAUGGUUGCAUUGUCGAGACGAGCAAAUCCAACAUCCUCAGCCCUAUCCAGUUGAUGGAAAAAACCUCCUAGAGAGCCCUAAGAACUUCAUGUCACCAAUCAAAGCUUCUCUGCUUACAGUAAAGAAUGUUCACGCAAGAUGAAACAGUGUAAAAUUGUAACCUGUCUGCGUUGACUAGAUAACAACGAUGUGUUUCCUUUGUAACUCAAAUGUCCUGUUCUGCAGUUUGGCAUCGUCAUGUUCUUGAUUCUGCAUACUGUAAUUUGUUCACCUUUCGCUAAAUGUGUAUUGCCCUUUCAAGGAUGAAACCAACUGUUUACCUGUUAAGGAUUCGUAAGAUUAUCAAAUGUUAUCUUUAGCUUGCAGCUAU